GUCGGAAGGUGGUGCAGAGCUCCGCGCUAGUGCCCCACCCGGCCAGCGGCAGAUCCCUGUCCAAAAAAGAAAGAUUCCCAGCAGCGCUUCCGUCCAGACAACGACUUUGCUGCUCAACACACACCCGCAACCAUGUUCACCGUACCCGGCUGGAACGUGUCGGCGCCCGUCACGGCCCAAGUCGAGCAGCCCCGACCCCAGGACCCGAACAAACUCGGCAAGAAAGCGCUGAAGCGGAAGCGCGCACAGGAAGAGCAGCAGGUCAGCACCGAGGACUUUGGCAAGCUAUGGGAGAAGGCCGAGGCGCAGAAGGAGGAGGUGCAGAAGGCCGCGGUGCAGCCGACGGGGGCCAAGAAGACGCCGCAGCCCGCGGAUUCGGAUCUGCCAGCGCGCGCGCUGCAGCGGGCGGCCGAGGACGACGCCGAGGCGGCUGCUGAGGGCGAGGCGAAGAGCAAGAAGAGGAAGCGCGGGCCGCGGAAGAACGCGGCGACCAAGGAGGCUGCGGCUGCAAAGGCCGCUGAAGCUGGCGACGCGCCCGCAGGCCCCAAGACGGCCGACCCCGAGUCGAAGCGCUCGAAGAAGAAGCAGAAGAAGGAGCAGAAGGCGCAGAAGAACGAGCAGAAGACGAUGAAGUCGGAGCAGGCCGAGGACGCCGCGGCCGACGAGACGGCGCCCGCAGCUCCCACGCCCGCCACGUCCGUCGCGACACCAACGCUCACGGCACCCGUCGCGCUCAUCCCCGAGCCCGCGGGCCUCACGCCGCUCCAGCGGUCGAUGCGCAGCAAGCUCGCGAGCGCGCGCUUCCGCCACCUCAACGAGUCGCUCUACACCAAGCCGUCGGCCGACUCGCUGGAGCUGUUCCGCGACGACCCGUCCAUGUUCGAGGACUACCACCGCGGUUUCGCGCAGCAGGUCGAGGUGUGGCCGCAGAACCCCGUCGACGACUACGUCGCCAGCAUCCUCGCGCGCGGCAGCAUCAAAAUCGCAAAGGACCCCUGGCGCGCGCAGAUGCGCGACAAGAAGAAAAAGGGCCCCGUCGUCGCCGCGCAGCAGCCCGACGACGCCGCCGACGCCGACCGCCCCGUCAUCCCCCGCGGCAACAACAAGCCGCUCCCGCGCACCCACGGCUCCACCUGCCUCAUCGCCGACCUGGGCUGCGGCGUCGCCUCGCUCUCGUACCGGCUGCAGCCGCACCUGCAGUCGCUCAACAUCGCAAUCCAGUCCUUCGAUCUGUCGCAGCCGUCCGGGCCAUCCAAGUCGCUCGUCACCGUAGCCGACAUCUCCGCGCUGCCGCUCAAGGACAACAGCACCGACGUCGCCAUCUUCUGCCUCGCGCUCAUGGGCACCAACUGGCUCGACUUCAUCGACGAGGCGUACCGCGUGCUGCGCUGGAAGGGCGAGCUGUGGAUCGCCGAGAUCAAGAGCCGCUUCGGGCGCGUCGAGAAGAAGAAGGCGGUCCCGAUUAAUUCGAUCGGGUCGCUGAACAAAGGCGGCAAGCCCCCCAAGAAAAAGGGUGCUGAUAAGAAAGACAAGAAGAAGGACGACGCGGAGGGCAUCGAGGACAGCGCCGACGAGGCCGAGCUCGCGCAGACGGUCGACGGCGCGGCGGGGCCCGAGGGCACGGAUGUGAGCGCGUUCGUGGCGGUGCUGCGCGCGCGCGGGUUCGUGCUGGACGCGCUGCCGGAGCGGCCGGGCGACGCGAUUGAUCUGGGCAACAAGAUGUUUGUGAAGCUGCAGUUUGUCAAGGGCGCGCAGCCCACGCACGGCCGCCAUGCGGGCAGCGAGGGCACGAGUGCCGGCGCCAAGGGCAGCUUCAAGACGAGCAGCGCCAUCAAGAUGGGCAUGAAGGGGAAGAAGUUCACGGCCGUCAGCGAGGAAAAUGGCGAGGAGAGGGGGAAAAAGGACGCCGCCACGCUGAAGCCGUGCUUGUACAAGAUCAGGUAA